AUGGGUUCAGGGUCUUCAAAGCCAGAGUUUAAGGACUUUCAUGCCAAUACUGUUGAAGAGGCUGUGAAAAACCUAGCUCCUUAUUUGGAGGACACAAGGGUGCGAAACCAGAAUUUCGACCAGAGAAAGAAUGGGAGAUUGCCACUUGUCUGCACGAAGAGUUGCGACUGGAGGGCUACUCAUCUGCUUAAAACAAAGAAGAGGUGGAGGAGGAGGAGGAGGAGCCGAGGAGGUGCUGAAGAAGGUGUUGGAGGAAGAGGAGGAGGAGGAGGAGGAGGAGGGGAGCAGGAGGAAGAGAAAGGGGAGGAGGAGGAGCAGCAGCAGCAAAAUAAUAGACCAACAAUAGAAUUCUUUCAAAGCCUAUGGGUGCUGGACAUAUGCCGCACUGAUUGGGAAUUGGCUUUAUCCCCAAAUACAAUUGUGAAAAUGGCAACAAACAUUAGGGAGAUAAAUAUAAAGAGGGGAAGAAUCUGGCACAACAGUAUUUCAUGGAGAUGUCUUGGUAACAUUCAUAAGCUUCGAGUGAUUGAACCUACAAGUCCUUGGGAGACAAGUAAUAAGGAUGAAUUUAUGGAUAUGGUGAAGGUGGAGCUUCUCGACCUAUCAGGGAAUAGCACAAUACAAUUUUUACCAAGCUUGUCAGGUGCAAUCAGCCUCAAAACCCUUAUUCUAGAUGGCUGUACUGGACUGCAACAAGUUGUGCCUGAAACACUCCCUCCAUCGCUUGAAACAUUUAGCUUAGCUGGAGGAUCUCGACGAGAAGCUAAAAUCUCCCGUAUCUCCUUGGCUGGUUGUGCAAGACUGGUCAAUUUCAGAUUGCAUGGGUCAAUACAGAACCUUGAGGAGCUGGACCUCUCAAACACAUCAAUCAAAACACUUGACCUCAGUGAUGAAGUGGUGCAGGUCCCAUGGCUACAGCGCGUCAUCUUGCUGGGAUGUGAGCGGCUUCGUGCUAUCCUAUGGCCAAAGCAUGGAAUGCCCAGGCUAAUGGUGCUAGGCAUUGACACUCGGGGAGGCACAGAAGCAGCUAACAAUGCAAAAACACUACAUGAUAAUUUUGUCAUCAGUAAAGAACGAGAAGAAGGUUGUCGUGCAUUUAUUGCUGUUACGGAAAUGAGGUUCCUUCAAUGGUUGGUGCUAGCAAGCGCCAAUAAACUUUGCUGGGACACUGAACGUAAAUAUGAUCUUAAUAUCUGCUUAUCUUCUUCUAGUAGCAAAGAUGUUGGACAACACAACUACAAGGAGAAGAUGGGCCCUCUACAAAAGUCAAUAAUAGACCCCAAGACUCACCUGACCUACAGCGACGUGAACAUUGACAAGGCAAGUAGUGCGAGGAAGUUUCAGCCACUGGACCGCCAUGUAGAGAUUGGUGAGGGAAUAAGCAACUCUAAUAUGGUAACCAUUCGUGAAAUCAGCGCUGCAAUCCUUUUGAUGAAUAGGAUAUACUCAUUGCUCGUGCAUGACAAUUCAUCCAUCAGGACCGUUAUCCCUGAAAGCAUGAUGUCUAUAGAGGUAGAAGACACGAAGAAGAAGAAGAUUUAUUGGUCUUGUCUCAGGUGGUGCUGUGUCGAGAGAUGCCCCAGUUUGGACAGUGUCUUCACCACGAACUAUGAUGCCGUCUGCUUUAAUGCCCUAGAGACCUUUUGGGCAGCUGAUCUCUUGAUGGCCCGAUGUAUCUGGAGUAAAGGAAGAACAACCAAUGUCAAGGACACUGAAUCCUUUGCUAAACUGCAGGCUAUACAUCUCCACUUCUGUCCUAAGCUGACAUUUGUCCUCCCACUGUCGUGGUUCUAUACCCUGUCCCGUCUUGACACCCUACACAUCGUCUAUUGUGGUAAUCUUAGUCAGGUUUUCCCCGUGGAGGCGGAGUUCUUAAACAAAAUAUCUACUGAUCAUCCAAGAGGUGUGUUGGAAUUCCCAAAGCUGAAGCACAUCUACCUACAAGAGCUACCCAAGCUGCAGCAGAUCUGUGAAGCCAAGAUGUUUGCUCCAGAGCUCAGGACCAUCACCUUAAGAGGAUGCUGGAGCCUUAAGCGCCUCCCCGCUACCACCGACCGCCCAAAUGACCGCCCUGUCGUGGACUGCGAGAAGAACUUGUGGGAGAAGCUGGAGUGGGACGGGAAGGAGGCUGGCCACCACCCGUCUCUUUGA